CGCCACAAGGCCAUUGAAAAGGCCUUUACCAAAGCCCAGUCUCACGUUGAACAGGCCAAUCCUAACACCCCAGUGGCUCCUUCAAGAGCUCGGUCACCCGCUCCAUCUCUGGUAUCCAGUGCCGCCCGGGAGCUUUCGCAGAUGGCUCGAUUUUGGCUGAACCGCCGCAUUUGCCUGGCGCUGAGCCUCUGUUUCAAACAAUUCCUGAUCCUGAGGCUCCCCAAGGGACCGUCAGGGACGAUCCAGCCCCACUGGCUCCUCCCGUGGUGUCUGCUCCACCCAUUCCAGAGGCCUUUGAGCUUAUGCUAGCCAGGGUCAUUAAGCAAGGACUUGCCCAGUGUCUACAACAGGGCAACCCCGCUCCUGAACCUCAUCUUUUACAACAUCAUCGACCGGAUCCAGCCGGAGACUCUGUAUCCGAACUAGACCUGGCGGAUUCUGUGGCAUCUCCAGACCACGCUUCUCUGUCUGAGUUGGAUGAGGUUCCUGAUCCGGCCCUGUCCGAUGACGAGGGACUGGUUCCUGAUCGGACUCCGUUUAUUGGGCUUUUCAAGCCGCAGCUUUUUCGUUCUUUGUUACGCAAGGCCAUAGUGACUACUCGUUUGGGCAAUGUUUCUUCUGUUCCACCGGAUUCCGUUAUUUCCGAUCCAGCUUCAGCUGUCUUCGCGGAGGCUGCGGUCGACCCGGAGACUAUCCCGGCUCCCAAACUUUUCUUAGAUGUGCUUCAACGCCAGUGGAAUUUACCAGGGGCUGGUCCUAGUCCAAACAGCCUUGACAAGAGACUGUACAAUUCUGCUCCCGCCCUUUCAGAUUUGUUGCAGCCUUCUCCGGUGGACGCCCCAAUAGUGGCUCUCUGCAAUUCGUCUCAUCCCGCUGGUCCUCCGGAGAUCUCUUUGUGCCCGGAAGAUCGCAGGGCUGAGAAGACUCUUGGCAAGGGGCACCAGGCAGCUGCCUGGGCCAUCAGGGCCUCAUCAUCGGCUUCGUUCUUCAAUAGAGCCGCGCUAUUAUGGAUCAAACAACUUCAGGACCGCAUUCAGCCUACCGACAUGCGUUCCCGUCAGGAUUUGAACAAAAUCUCAGCGGCCCUAGAGUUUUCAGCGGACGCUACUCUAAAUGCGACUAGAUUUGCGGCAAAAGCCCUAAGUUCCAACGUGACAUCGCGUCGCCUCCUGUGGCUACGCAACUGGAAUGCCGACAUGCGGAGCAAGUGGCAGUUGGCUUCCGCGUCCUAUUCUGCAGGCUCUUUGUUCGGACCACCGUUGGAACCUCUACUUGUGGAGACUAGAGACUGACGUAAGAUUCUUCCCUCGGUUUCCAGACGCUCUGAUUCUCAUUUUUCAGUUCUCCCACAGAACCAGUCCUUUCGUGCUCCCGACUCUGGUCCUUACCAACACCGCUACCAACGUCCCUUUCCUGCGAGGGCCCACUCCCAGGAUACCCAGGUUAGACAGGGAAGUAGGUUCUUUCCUAAGCGUUCCUUCCGGGGGGGGGCAGAGGUCGUUUCCAACACAGAUCCCGCUAAUUCUGCUCCCAUAGGGGGACGCUUGUCCCUUUUUCUCCACCAGUGGGAGGUUUCUACCUCUGAUGCCUGGGUCCUGUCUACCAUUAAGUCGGGGCUUUAUCUAGAGUUCCUUUCCCCUCCUUCUGUUUUUCUUCCCUGCCCCGUUUCCCGGGAUGUUGCUAAGAGGGCUUUAGUGUCUUCGGCUAUUUCCCAUCUUUUGGACAUUAGGGCCGUCCAGGAAGUUCCUCGGGGAGCAGUGGGAGCAGGGUUUUUAUUCCCGUUUGUUUCUUGUUAAGAAGUCCUCGGGGGAUUGGCGUCCCAUCCUAGAUUUGAAGGCUUUGAACCGGUACGUUACUUACCGCCGGUUCAAAAUGCAUUCUUUGUCCACCAUUUUGGAGUGUAUUCGUCCAGGGGAUUGGCUCUCCUCUAUAGAUUUUACCGAGGCAUACCUUCACAUACGUAUUGCUCCUUCCCACCGUCAGUAUCUCCAUUUUAGUUUUUUGGGACAGCAUUACCAGUAUAGGGCCCUUCCCUUCGGACUGUUCUCUGCUCCGAGGGUCUUCACUAAAAUCAUGGCCACCCUCAUUGGGCAUAUUCGGACCUUUUCUAUACGUUUGCAAUUUUAUUUAGAUGACAUUUUGGUACUGUCCUCUUCUCUCCCUUCGGCCCAACGGGAUUUAUCUUCUGUCCUGUCCAUAUUGCAGGCUCAUGGCUUCUCGAUUAAUUGGGCCAGGAGCCAGCUUAACCCUAGCCCCCGUAUUACCCACUUGGGGGCUUCUAUUGACACGGUUUCUUCUAUAGUUUCCCUCUCCCCGGAGCGCCAAGUCAGUCUUUCUUCACUGGCUUCUCAGUUUUGGGGGAGGGUUCUUGCUCGGCGCUGAAGCUUUCCCGUUUGUUGGGCAAAAUGGUCUCCACCUUUGGAAUAGUUUCCUGGUCUCAAUUACACAGCAGACAGCUCCAGUGGUUUCUGCUCCCUCUCCAACGAGCCGGCCAUAGUUCCUCUCUCAUCCUCCUUCGGCUGUCCCCGCAAGUUUCCGCGUCCCUUUGGUGGUGGACUUCAGACGCCAUUGCACGAAGCAGCUUCUUUUGCGAACCUCACCGCCUGUCGCUGGUGACCGAUGCCAUCCUUCUGGGCUGGGGGGCCCAUCUUCUUCACCAUCAGGCCCAGGGCCUUUGGACGGUGUGAGAACGUCGGAGCAACAUCAAUUUUUUGGAGCUGCGAGCAUUCCGUCUAGCUCUCCUUCGUUUUCAGCAUCUUGUGGAGGGCAAGGACCUCCUUGUCCUAACGGACAACAUUUCCACAAAGGCCCACAUCAACAGGCAGGGGGGCACUCGUUCCCGGUUGCUUCUAACGGAGUCUCUGUGUCUGGGCUUGUGGGCCGAACGUCACCUCCGGUCCCUGAGGGCAGACUACAUCUCGGGGGCCUUAAAUGUUCAGGCGGAUGCCCUCAGUCGCCACGUCCUGGAUCCCGGAGAAUGGAGCAUUCCACAGGCCCUAUUUCAGGAGAUUGUGGGCAGGUUUGGGACGCCUGUUGUCGAUUUAUUCGCCUCCUCAUCGAACCGCCGAGUUCCCCGGUUUUUCUCCAGUUAUCCGGACCCUCGGACGGAAGCCAUGAACGCCCUCCGCAGUCCCUGGCCGUCCGGUCUCCUCUACGCGUUCCCCCCUCUGCCCCUUCUGGCGAAGGUGAUUCGAAAACUCCUGGAAGAGAGGGCAGAACUGAUUCUCAUUGCCCUGCAGUGGCCCCGUCAACUGUGGUAUGCGGAUCUUCUCUCCCUGUCGGUAGCAGCUACCUGGCACAUUCCUCGGGCCUCUCUCUUUCCCAGGGGGCGCUCCAGCAUCCGGAUCCGUCGGGCCUCCAAUUGACCGCUUGGAGGCUGAGCGGCGUCUUCUGACCGAUGCCUGGGUCCCCCCGCGAGUCAUCUCCAUUAUGCAGGCUGCCCGCCGUGGUUCUACCACGUGCAUCUAUGAGGCGACAUGGUCCACAUUUUCCUCCUGGUGUAGGCGGAACAGGGUGAAUCCCCUGACUGCUUUUAUCAUUGCAGUCCUUUCCUUUCUUCUGGAGGGUUUUGACGCUGGGUUGGCUCCGUCUACCCUGCGCCGGCAGGUGGCUGCUCUUUCUAUGGUCUUAACGUGUGGCUCUAAAGAAUCUCUCGCCCGUCAUCCGCUCAUCAGAACUUUCAUGCUUGGAGCGACUAAUUUGCGACCUCCGGUAGUCCACCGGUUUCCUACCUGGAAUUUGAACUCCGUUCUGCGGGCUCUUACUGACUCUCCGUUUGAGCCUCUCUGUGAGGUUUCUUUGCGUUUUCUUUCGUUCAAAGUGUUGUUCUUGGUGGCGAUCACCUCGGCUCGUCGUAUUUCAGAGUUGGGGGCUCUCUCCAUUCGCCAGGACCUUUGUAUUUUCCACAAGGACAGAGUGGUUCUCCGCCUUGAUCCGGCCUUUCUACCCAAAGUGAGCUCCCUUUUUCAUUGGACUCAAGAAUUGGUCCUCCCUAACUUCUGUCCCUGUCUGUCUUAUCGCCUCGAACGUUCCUGGCAUACUCUGGACGUACGACGAGCCCUCCGGGUUUAUAUUUCGCGGACAAGCUCCUUCCGUAAAACGGAAGCCCUGCUUAUAUCGUUCCAGUCGGAUUCCAUUGGCACUCAGGUCUCUGGACCUACCCUGGGCCGUUGGAUUUGAGCCACCAUCGCGACGGCUUACCAGCGUCUCUGUCUGCCGGUUCCCCCUCGGAUUACGGCUCAUUCCACCCAGAGUGCAGCAACUUCCGCAGCCUGGGCUACCCGUGCUCCAUUGGAAGAAGUCUGUCGUGCGGCCACUUGGUCAUCUCUCACGCCGUUCAUCAGACACUACCGGGUGGAUACCUUUGCCUCAUCGGACGCUGCUUUCGGCCGUCUGGUCCUGCAGGCGGUUCAUCGCCCAUGACUUCGGCAGAUCCGGUUUUUCUUUCUCCCGCCCUGGAGGACAUUCAGCUCUGGUAUGUCCCCAAAGUGACAGCCGUUUUCCUCAUUACGGAAAAUGGACGUUGGUCUUACCUGAUACGUCCGUUCUCGUUGUAGGGAAACAUCUGUCACGCCCUCCCUGAUGGGUCUAAGGGGUGGGAGGUGUACUAAUUCUUUCUCGUUCUAGGGAGACACGUCAGUCUACACCAACGCUCUCGCUGAAACACUGGGCAAGAGGGCGGAGCUAUGUUAAUUUAUAAGACUCGGUCACAUGCUGCAUGGAAAUGUCGACCCCAGAGUGACAGAUGUUUCCCUACAACAAGAACGGACGUAUCAGAGCCAUGAUGGUGC